CAUCGUUCACGUCAAAGAUCCGGCUCUAAGAGCCAUUUUGUUCGCGACGACACAUCACUAUUCUGAAGCAGUGUGUUGAUCUUUUUGACACAUGCACCGGAGCGUCAGCUUCAAGCGGACCAUCACUACCUCUCACGUCUAAAGCUGAUCAGCAGGAGGAGAAGAGUCUGACGGAGCAGCAGAGGAACAUUUACAGCUACUUGGACUCAGUUCAGCCACUACAGAGAAAACAAUGAGCUCAACACAGAAGGACCAACAUGGACCGAGAGGUCAGCGCUCUCAGGAGGCCCACAAACCUCACAGAAGAAAGAGAGAGAAAACAUACAGCUGUGACGAGUGUGGGAAGGAUUUAUCCAGUAAGGAUUCCCUAAAACAACACCAACUCAUCCACAGUGGAGUUAAAGCGUUCAGCUGUGACGAGUGUGGCAGAGCUUUUACUCAAAGUAGCAGCUUAAAGAAGCAUUUACUUACCCACUCUGGAAUUAAGGCAUACAGCUGUGACGAGUGUGGGAAGGAGUUUACUUUGAAGGCUAAACUAAAACAUCAUCAGGUCAUCCACACCGGAGAGAGACCGUUCAGCUGUGACUUGUGUGGAAAGUCUUUUUCCUGGACGAAUUCCCUAAAAGAACACCAACUCAUCCACAGUGGAGUUAAAGCGUACAGCUGUGAUCAGUGUGGCAGAGCUUUUACUCACAGUAGCAGCUUAAAGAAUCAUUUACUUACCCACUCUGGAAUUAAGGCAUACAGCUGUGACAUCUGUGGAAAAACUUUCAGCCAGAGAGGAAGCCGAAAUAUACACCUACGCAUUCACACCAGACAUGAUGUGUACUGCUGUGAACAAUGCAGCAAAGAGUUUAUAACAGACGAAAGGUUACAACAACACAUGUUUACCCACACUGAGGGACGACCAUAUAAAUGUGACCUGUGUGAGAAGACUUUUAAAUCUCCACAUUACCUGAGACGACACCAACAGAUCCACACCAGAAAGAGACUCUACAAGUGCAGUUACUGUGAGCAGAGCGACACAGAUGGAUCCAGUUCUCAACCCUGUCAUCACUGUGGUGGUGGGAAAGACUUUCGUUGUGACAUCUGUGGAAAAACUUUCAGUCAGCAAGCCACCCUAAAAAUACAUCAACGUAAACACACUGGAGACAAACUGAAAUACUGCAAAGAAUGUGGGAGAAGCUUCACCUCAUCACGUGACUUAAAACUACAUGAACUGAUUCACAGUGGGGUUAAAAAGCACCUCUGUGAUCAGUGUGGGUCAUCCUUCACCACUGCAGGUGAGCUUAAAAUGCACAGACGAGUCCACACAGGAGAGAAACCAUACAAGUGCAGACACUGUGACAAAAGCUUCUCACAAUCAGGUCAUCGUAACAGGCAUGAACGUUCACACAUGGAAGGAAACUACAGCUGUGACCAGUGUGACAAGAGCUUCAGGAAUCUCAGUUCAUACUCCAAACACAAACGAUCCCACGUUACUAAUAAACUGUUUCACUGUUACCAAUGUGUCCAAACAUUCACCUCAUUGGCUGCUCUGUGCAAACAUCAGCGUGAUCACUCAGGGCUGAAAUCACUCCCAUCACUGGAUCACAGUGAAUCUGAAGAGACAGAAAGAUCGUCUGGUUUCAGAGUCAGACUCAAAAAGCUUGAGAUCAGGCUCCACAGAGUUCAGAUAGAAUCAUUUAAACUUGUGUUGAACUGAACUGGUUGCUGGGCUGAACUCCUACAUAAUACAGAUGCACAUGGGAUCUUAUUUUCUGUCGUUUUACUGAGUCAGUUAUGUUAUUUUUUUCUCUCUCCGGGUUUUGCUCGUCUGUAAAUAAUUGAAACUCAGUCAAAUAGUUCAUUGUUCUCCAGCAAAACGUUUUGGAAACUCAUGUUUAACCUUUAAAACUCUGACAUGUUUUAGCACACAAGGCUUCAUCGGGGAGUUCCCUCGUGAUUGGACCAUGAGAAUAAAGAUUUUUAGUUCUUUCAAAGAGAGUCUUGGAGCUGUUUGAUGUUUUUGUUUUUUCUGAAACCACCUGAAAGAAAAACUAUUUUUCUUGCUUUAUGUAGUGUGGAAGUUGUUAAUGUUUCUUUCAUCUGUGAUGUUCUUGAAUGUUUUCACAUGAAGAUGGUAAAAAUAAACUGUCCUUUUAGCUUUAGCUCCUAAUUUAUUCAUUAUUUAUGGAUGUAGCACAGCAGCAGUUUCUUGAUUAACACAUGGAGGGCUCGGGAUCUGAUGCUAAAUAAUGUUUUGUGUCCUUGUACACAUCAUACAGCUCAGCUGCUCCACAGAUGUCAGGUUUACACAGUGGGAUGGUUUGUAAGAACGCAGCUCUCCUGUGGAUAAAUCCUUACUCUUAGCCUCAGGACCUCACACAGUCCCAGCAGGUUCGGUCAGAAGAUUUAUCCCUCAUACCAAAAUGUCACAGAGUCUCCUUUGCUGUGCUGUUUUCACAAAGAAACGUAAACUGAAGACCUGCACUUACAAUGUUUUAAUUAGUGUAGCAGAUUCAGUGUCUCCAUGAUCGAAUCUGCUGUUUUUGUGCUGCUGUUGGUAGAAAGCUGGUUAAUGCUGAAAUGAACUGGCUGCAUGCAUCUCUGAAUGUAAGUUGGUGCACU